GCCAUACUCACCACAAGACCAUAUACACUAUCGGUCAAAUAUCCAGUCCCUUGCCUCCAACCCUUGCUAGACUUCCAAUGGCCUCCGAAUGGAGUCAGCUCGACGACUUGGUCCACGGCAGUUCCGACAUGUCGUACUUCGAUGACGAGGUGUACGUGGACGAAGAAAAUAUGGACCCUUGCAAGGCCGUACCGUUACACCACAACCAGUUGCUAGACGGUCUAGACAGUUCUCACAACCCGCUCCUCGUGGCACCCUCGCUUCCACCGCCAGUAGGUCCCUUUUCCUCUUUACCCAGCCUAGCUUACAGACCGGAUUCGGGUAGCUCCUCGCUGUCCCGUCCAAACUCUUCAGAGUUGCUUGAUGACCCAGUACUUGAUUCUUACCUCUCAUACCGCCUUGACGGCGAGUCGCAGCGCAAAAAAAAAGUGGAGAGCAUGAUGUACCAGCUCUCGUUAGACGACAAGGACUUGGACUUGGACGACGUGGGGAGAGCUUCCGCGCGUUCCAAAGCUUUCCGUGUCCAUGGAAGCAAGCAGCGGUCGAGAUCACCGAUUAAAAAGGCGUCCAGAGACAGGAAAGUCACUAGAUCCAACUUCGGCAAGCUCUUUGACGUGGAAGACGAGUCUGCGUUCAACACGCCGGCGGAAACCUCGUUGGACCUCAGUUUGGACGAGUAUUUCGGUAUCAGCUCUGCUACACGCCCCAACACAGACAAUAUUCUCCGAGAGCUAGACCACAACGCGGGGUUUGACCCGUUUGCCGAAAAGACCGCGCUCAAGCGGAGCGUACCGAGCCUCCACGCCCCGCACAAGCGCUCGAGCUUGAUUCCCGUAACAAUAAGCCGUCUUGGUGCACGAAAGGUGGUUACCGAGUCGCCCAAACGAAUUUUCCGGCCGAAUAAACACCACUCUGCCCGUCCGAUCCUCAAGCCACCAACCUUUAACCGCCUCAAUAUGCUUGUGUACGCGUCUAAUGGUGAUCUAGACGAUGCGACAAAGUACGCAACUGAGCUUAACGCGACCAAUGCUCGCGACAUCCCGCUACCUGAUAACACUGACGAGGUAGUGACAAUUCCCGUUGCCAACUCCAAGCAGAGCGCAAAGGCCGCGAUCGUCCGCGCCGUCUCCAUCGCGCUGGCUCAGGGCCUGUCAUCUACGGCUAAUCGGACCCGAGGUGUGUACAGCGAAGGCGACUUCGAGGUGUAUCUUAUGGAUGGAAAGACCAAGUCACCUGUGUUGGGAGUGGAAAUGGAGGAACGACAAUCGGAGAAGCAUCAGAGUAAGCGGGUGAAAUACCCGAUGGCGCAACGGAGAGUAAAUUGGGCGCCGAAUUUGGAGUGGUAGUCGGUCAGGCCUGUACACUGUUUAUGCACUAACAUAUCAAUCUAAUGCUUUAAUUUUGACAUUAAUCUAUGCUUAAUCUCGAC